AAGUUCCGGCGUGGGCGUGGAGGCCAACUUGGAUCGCGCUCCGCGGGCGACCACCGCGCCCGGUCCCUUCGGUCACGAUCGAUUACUGGGUCCCCAAACUCGCUCUGCACGCCAAACCAGCGGCACUCACACUACCGAAUUGUGGAUGAGCUCUUUUCUCUUCAUGACUUUACGGUGUACCCGUCUGAAAAGAGCUAACUGCAUCUCAGAAAGAAUCAACUUUUCUCAAUGGACCCAUUCAUCAAAUGAAAUAUGCCUGUACUAUUUUUUAAAGUUUUAUACUUCAUAGUGGAAAAAAUUUACUCCUUAAAAUGAAAAUGAGGACAUUUGGAAAGGUGUUUUAAGGUGUGGACAUUUGAGAAAGUGUCCUGUCAGUGAACCAAAGGAGAAGCACUGAAUUGAUUAAUCCUAAAUUUUUUUUUUUAAACCAGGAGGAUUUCAUCUUGACAGAAAAAGAGCCUUUAAUUCAGUAUGUAUUUUCUGAAAUUAAAAGAGAGAGACAAGAAUAGACUUAAAAGAAAAUAGAUGAAAAUGUUUAGUAAGUAAGCAAUAUCGAUUACUUUCUGAUGAGAAAAUUCAGUGAUGUUAAAUGCCUUCCAAACCCCCACUUGAGGUCCUAAAGCCAAGACUCUUUUUUGAUGGGACUGAUUUUAAAGGAAGUAGGGCCUUUUGUGCAUUCAACUGACAGUUGUAGAAUUUGCAAUCAUCGGCAUGAGUAGCUUAAAAGAGGAAAUAAAGAAGCUUUCAAUUAAAUUCAAAAGUAUAGUCAUUUUUUUACUAGUGUAAUUUGAAAAGCCUCUUCAUAACCCUUGAAAAAGAAUUGACAACUAUUUUAAAAGAUUAAAGAAAGGCAGAUGUCUGCAAACAAUUCCCCUCCAUCAGCCCAAAAGUCUGUAUUACCUGCAAUUCUUCCUGCUGUGCUUCCAACUCCUUCUCCAUGUUCAAGUCCGAAGACAGGACUUUCUGCCCGACUCUCUAAUGGAAGCUUCAGUGCACCAUCACUCACCAACUCCAGAGGAUCAGUACAUACAAUUUCAUUUCUACUGCAAAUUGGCCUUACACGGGAGAGUGUUACCAUUGAAGCCCAGGAACUGUCUUUAUCUGCUGUCAAGGAUCUUGUGUGCUCCAUUGUUUAUCAAAAGUUUCCAGAGUGUGGAUUCUUUGGCAUGUAUGACAAAAUUCUUCUCUUUCGCCAUGACAUGAACUCAGAAAAUAUUUUGCAGCUGAUUACCUCAGCAGAUGAAAUACGUGAAGGAGAUCUAGUAGAAGUUGUUCUUUCAGCUUUGGCUACAGUAGAAGAUUUCCAGAUUCGUCCACACACUCUCUAUGUACAUUCUUACAAAGCUCCUACUUUUUGUGAUUAUUGUGGUGAGAUGCUCUGGGGUUUGGUACGUCAGGGACUGAAAUGUGAAGGCUGUGGAUUAAAUUACCAUAAACGAUGUGCCUUCAAGAUUCCAAAUAAUUGUAGUGGAGUAAGAAAGAGGCGUCUGUCAAAUGUAUCCCUGCCAGGACCUGGCCUCUCAGUCCCAAGGCCUCUUCAGACUGAAUGUGUGGCACUUCCCACUGAAGAGUCACAUGUUCACCAAGAACCAAGUAAGAGAAUUCCUUCUUGGAGUGGUCGCCCAAUCUGGAUGGAAAAGAUGGUAAUGUGCAGAGUAAAAGUUCCACACACAUUUGCCGUUCACUCUUAUACCCGUCCCACAAUAUGUCAGUACUGCAAGCGGUUACUGAAAGGCCUCUUCCGCCAGGGAAUGCAGUGUAAAGAUUGUAAAUUCAAUUGCCAUAAGCGCUGUGCAUCAAAAGUGCCGAGAGACUGCCUUGGAGAGGUUACUUUCAAUGGAGAACCAUCCAGUCUGGGAACAGACACAGAUAUACCAAUGGAUAUUGACAGUAGUGACAUGAACAGUGAUGGUAGUCGGGGUUUGGAUGACACAGAAGAACCAUCUCCCCCAGAAGAUAAGAUAUUCUUCCUGGAUCCAGCUGAUCUUGAUGUGGAAAGAGAUGAAGAAGCUGUUAAAACAAUCAGUCCAUCAACAAGCAAUAAUAUUCCGCUUAUGAGAGUUGUACAAUCCAUUAAGCACACAAAAAGGAAGAGCAGCACGAUGGUGAAAGAAGGAUGGAUGGUCCAUUACACCAGCAGGGACACCCUGAGAAAGAGGCAUUAUUGGAGACUUGACAGCAAAUGUCUAACAUUGUUUCAAAACGAAUCUGGAUCAAAGUAUUAUAAGGAAAUUCCACUUUCAGAAAUUCUCCGCAUAUCUUCACCACAAGAUUUCACAAACAUUUCACAAGGCAGCAACCCACAUUGUUUUGAAAUCAUCACUGAUACUAUGGUAUACUUUGUUGGUGAGAACAAUGGGGACAGCUCUCACAAUCCUGUUCUUGCUGCCACUGGAGUUGGACUUGAUGUAGCACAGAGUUGGGAAAAAGCGAUUCGCCAAGCUCUCAUGCCCGUUACCCCUCAAGCCAGUGUUUGCACUUCUCCGGGGCAAGGGAAAGAUCACAAAGAUUUGUCUACCAGUAUCUCUGUGUCUAAUUGUCAGAUCCAGGAGAAUGUUGACAUCAGUAGUGUUUACCAGAUCUUUGCAGAUGAGGUACUCGGUUCAGGCCAGUUCGGCAUCGUUUAUGGAGGAAAACAUAGAAAGACUGGAAGGGAUGUGGCUAUUAAAGUAAUUGAUAAGAUGAGAUUUCCCACAAAACAGGAAAGUCAACUCCGUAAUGAAGUGGCUAUUUUACAGAAUUUACACCAUCCUGGGAUUGUAAACCUGGAAUGUAUGUUUGAAACCCCAGAACGCGUUUUUGUCGUAAUGGAAAAGCUGCAUGGAGAUAUGUUGGAAAUGAUUCUCUCCAGUGAGAAAAGUCGACUUCCGGAACGAAUUACUAAAUUCAUGGUGACACAGAUACUUGUUGCUUUGAGGAAUCUACAUUUUAAGAAUAUUGUGCACUGUGAUUUAAAGCCAGAAAAUGUGCUGCUCGCAUCGGCAGAGCCAUUUCCUCAGGUGAAGCUGUGUGACUUUGGUUUUGCACGCAUCAUUGGUGAGAAGUCAUUCAGAAGGUCUGUGGUAGGAACUCCAGCAUACUUAGCCCCUGAAGUUCUCAGAAGCAAAGGUUACAACCGUUCUUUAGAUAUGUGGUCAGUGGGAGUCAUCGUCUAUGUGAGCCUCAGUGGCACAUUUCCUUUUAAUGAAGAUGAAGAUAUAAAUGACCAAAUCCAAAAUGCUGCAUUUAUGUACCCACCAAAUCCAUGGAGAGAAAUUUCUAGUGAAGCAAUUGACUUGAUAAACAACUUACUUCAAGUGAAGAUGAGAAAACGUUUCAGUGUGGACAAAUCUCUUAGUCAUCCCUGGCUACAGGACUAUCAGACUUGGCUUGACCUUAGAGAAUUUGAAACUCGCAUUGGAGAACGUUACAUUACACACGAAAGUGAUGAUGCCCGCUGGGAAAUACAUGCAUACACACACAACCUUGUAUACCCAAAGCACUUCAUUAUGGCUCCCAAUCCAGAUGAUAUGGAAGAAGAUCCUUAGUUAUCAAUGAGCUAACUUCAGUAAGGGAGGAUUUCAUUUUAUGGCCUGAUAUUUUGCUACACAACUGUUGUUUUUUUAGAGGUUAUCUGCAAGGAUGCAAAGACAUGAGGAAAUAAAGGAAUCAGUGACACCAAUACUGUAGUUCAUAAGUAGGUACAAGAGGGCAAACUGACUAAUAAAAGCACAUAAUGGAACCAAGAUGAAGCUUUUCAUAAACUGUUAUAAGCAAUAACUGGUUUUUAUAUAAUUCUUCCUAAUCCUUCACUUUAGUACAAUAGUGCACUUAAUUUAUCCUCCCUUUCCUGUUCUUGUAUUAUUUUUUUUUAAAAGACAAAAGGGCAAGCCAGAGUCCAGUUAUUGCAUAGCUUAACCAAAUCAUGCAAGAGUUAUAAGGUUGAUUACUAAAAAGGUUUGCAUUUAAGAGAUAACUGAGAGGCUACCAGCAUGUGAUUUGCUAUAAGAUUGUUAAACAUUUGUUUAACUGACCAAAGAGAGGCACUGAGGGGUUUUUCCUAGAUUCCUGGAAAAGGAGUGCUGGACUGUUUCACCUUUCUUCUUUAGGUCCACCAAGACUCCAAAACCUUUUUGGAGCUGAGACUCUGAAUAUGCUCUCUACAACAUAAAAAUUGUCACCUUUUAUGAGUAUAUUACAAUAGCCUCUAAGGUAAAUGUGGGACAACUGAUGUUACAAAAACAGGAGUAGGGACUGCUGGUCUGAGUGCUGAGUUAUUACGUAUGUCUUCUCGUAGCUCAAAUCUGCUGCUAAAUACUCAUGUUCCCACUGACAUCACUGUGAUGCCAGUUAGAUUCCAAUAUUCAGUGGGUGUAGAUCUAUAAUUGUACGAUUUAUCUCUUUACACAGGGCUGAAUAUUUUGAAGAAGAAAAUUAAGUAUAUACUAAAAUUAAGGCCACUGCAGGGUCAUUUAAUGCUACAGGAAAGAAUAGCGAAUAGUAUCCUUUUUUUCUUCCUUUAGGUUAUUGGAAGGCUUUACAGAUAUCUGGAAUAUUUUUAAAUCAGUUAUUUUAAGCAGUUUGUACAAGUGGGUGCAGUUGAGUGUGAAACACUUAAUAGUUUAUAAGGGUAGGGCUAUAUUAUCAGCAGAGCAAAUGAAAGAAAAUAUUUUUUCUAACAUUUCAGCUCCAGCAGCCAGCUAAAGAAAUUUUUUUCUAUUCAUAUAUAUGAGGUUAGACUUUUUCAUAGCUUUUUGGAAGUUACUAAUAGUUAACCCCCACCUCCCCCCGCCCCAAAAAAAGAAAAAAAGUUUAAUGUCUGGGACCAUCCACUUAUAAAAUCUAAUGGCUGUUUCUUCAUUCCUCAGUAAUCAUUGUAAACUCCCCCCGCCCCCUCCAAAAAGAGCAGAAGAUAUGGAGUCAGAAUAUCUGGGUUUAAGUCUUUUAAGUCUUGGCUCCCUUCUUUAUUAGCUGUGUUUGCCUGGUCAGGUGACAAUCAGUCUGAGCCUUGAGUGUCUCAGUCUAUAAAAUAGAGUAUCAUAGUUCUUGCCUCUACCUUCUGUGUUGUGAAGCUCAGAUAUGAAAAUAUUCAAUAAAUAUAAAAGUGUUAACUAUCACUACCCACUGAAUUUGAGGUGACAGAGGAAAAGAUUGUUCAUAUUUGAACAAACUAAGACUGAGUGGAGGGCCUUUUGAGAUCCCUGAAGCUAUUCCUUUACCUAAAACUACCUAAAAAUAUCCUUGAGAGUAGUAGCAAACCUGCAGUGCCCGUGUUCCGAGCUCUUCACAUGUUAACUUAUCUUCAUGACAGCAUAAUGAACCCCAUCUCACAGAUAAGGAAAUUGAGGCAAAUGGAGAAUAACUCCUAAAAGUUACACGGUAUUUAAACCCAGGCAGAGUGGCUCUUGACCAUCUUUUAUCCACUUAACCAUUUUGCUACACUGCUUCCCCGUAAAUAUCUCCAGGAGAUAUCCACAAUGUCUCUCUGUAUUUCAUAUAGAAGUUUCAAAAAUCAAAUUAAUUUUGCAAAGCCUUUUAGAAAUGUAUGUUCCCAAGUAUAGAAGAUGAUUUCCCCAAAUUUCUCCAAAGUAAGUCUGUCCAUAUCAACAUGCUAAAAUGGAAUAACCUGAGUCACUAGGCACCCUAUUGUGGUUUUAUUGCAUAAGGUGAAAAUUAACUGGAAUGUUUGUUUGCUAUACUUAUAUAAUCAAUCUUUACAAGCCAUGAAAUUAAUUGCACUCUUUUUGUUGUUGAAUGCCUAAGUUUUCUAAAUUUGUAAAAGCACUGUCAUAUAAUUUGGAGUUGAGUAAUUACUCCAGAUACUGUAUAAUCUGCAUAACCUUUUUUUGUCUUGAAGUCAUUUGUAUAAGAAAUAAUUGUGAGAAACAUUUGAUAAUGUACAAAGUAGUCUAUAAUGACACUGUUCAGUACAUUUUUAUAUCUUUUUGUUACAUCCCACUUUUUGUAAAUAUUCUCAAAGAAGCUUAAUAAUAAAAUGUAUUUCCAUAUCACCAUAUUUUUCCAUGUGAAAACCUGCACCUAUCACUAGUUGAGGUAUCUAAGCUUAUUUGGUUGUGUUAUUUUCCCAGGCCUUGGUAAGAACUAUUUUGAAAAUAGUAUUUGUAAAUGGAACUAAUGCUAUAUUUAAGAACACUGACUUUUUUAACGGCCUAAAAUAAAAAACAACUCAUUAUUACAAU